UCAAAUGUUCAUUAAAACUCAAGUAGUUCACUAUGAAAAUCAAGGAGGGGCAAGUAUAGUGUAGCUAAACCUCCUACCAUUUGAAUUGCACUGCAUCAAAGUGAUUUUAAUAAAAUGCGUUGUUAAUUUUUGAAGCUAACAAUUUAUAAUUGGCAUACUUAGUACAACUUAUACAUUGUCUAAUUAUUAAAACGUACACUUAAGUUUAUUUCCCAAUAAUUCAACACAACAAACAGGCUAAUUAUGUGUAUAUUUAAAGUAUUUGUGUAAUUCCUUAAGUAUCUUGAUCACCAUAUAAAUAUUUAUAUGAUGAUUAGUGGUAGUAGUGUUGGAAAUACCCUAUCCUAUUCUUAGAUUGUUAUUGAGUACUAUCUAGGCAAUAGUUCGAUCUCUGUACAAGUCUAUUGAGGAUUUUAUAAUUGUAAUAAUACUUAGGAAAAUCUGAAAAUGGUCUAUAACAAAAUUGUUGUUGUUGGUGCUGGCAUUGUAGGAAUUAACACAGCUUUGGAACUUCAAAGAGUUUAUCCUAAUAUCAAAAUAACAAUCAUAGCUGAUAAAUUUAACAGUGAAACUCUUAGUGAUGGAGCAGCUGGAAUAUUUAGACCUGGAACUUAUUGCUUUGGACCAAGCUUUGAAAUUUCUCAAGAAUGGAUUAAUGAUUCUUAUAACUUUUACAAGAGUUUUUUAAACAAUGAACCAUGUGGUAUCAAUGAAAUAUCAGGCUACAUGUUUUCAGAAACAUUAAAUGAUACAACUAAAAAUCACUAUUUAGAAAAAUGUUUGCCAGAGUACAGAAAAGCUACUGAAGAUGAACUUAAGUUAUAUUCUCAUAAUAAUCGCAUCAAAAAAUGUGGAUCGUUCUUUACAACAAUAACUAUUGAAUCUAAGCUGUUUUUACCGUGGGCUCUUAAAAAGUUCAUAAACAAUGGAGGUGAAAUAAUUAAAAAGAAGAUCCAAUCUUUUGAUGAUAUAUGUGAAAAAUUUAAUGUUAUCUUCAAUUGUAGUGGAUUAGAAGCUGCUAAUUUGUGCAAUGACAACGAUAUGAUACCUAUUCGUGGACAAGUGAUUCGAGUUAAAGCACCCUGGAUUGAUAAAUUUUAUUAUAAUGAUAUGGACACAUAUAUUAUUCCGUCAAAAGAAGAUGGCACUGUAGUUUUAGGUGGUUGUAGAGAUUUUGGUAACUAUGAUACAACUAUUCAAAAUCGAGUAACUGAGCAAAUUAUAGAAAAUUGUACAAAUUUAAUUCCGUCAUUGAAAGAAGCUUUUAAUUCAGAAUAUAAGAUUUGGGUUGGUUUAAGACCUUAUCGGUACAGAAUACGAGUUGAGGCUGAACACUUCAAAAAUGCUAUGAUUAUUCAUAAUUAUGGUCAUGGAGGAUAUGGUGUGACAUUAGCACCUGGUACAGCCAAAUAUGCUGUCAAGUUAUUAUGCUAUUUGCAUUCAAAUUUAUAAGUAGUUUUAUAAACUUACUAGAGAAAUUUAAUAAUAAAAUGAAAUGUUUCAUCAUUGA